UUUUUGUAGGACUUUUGCGUACUCUACUCUUACCAUUUGCAAUAAUUAAGGCAAAUAAUUUAACAUCCAGUUAGUUUGACAAAAAAAGUACUUGUAUUCCUGAAUAUCCAUCAAUAAAUAAUGAUCUACUCUGACAAUGAAACGGUUGACGAAAACCAGCCACCAGCUUCAACCUCCGCCUUCGAAUCAGUACCAAAACAUCUACGAUCGCGUUACUGGAACAGCUUUGAGGAAUUGCGUUUAGUGGAACUAUGGCGUUUGCAUGCCGCCGAAGUGACGACGUUGAAGAAAAACAUACCCGUAUUCCGUAUCAUAUCAGAGGGUAUGCGCGAGUAUGGCUUCCUAGUAAAUUCGCAGGAGGUGCGGCGUAAAAUUAACAAUUUCAAAAACAAGUACAUCGCUGAACGACGCCGCAUGGAAUUAGGCGAUGAUAAAAGCCCCAGUGAUUGGCGACUAUUUCCCUUAGUGCAUUGCUUGUUGGCACCGCGGCAAAAGAAUCAACUGCUUACACAUCAACAAUUAAUUUUGGAACAACUAUUCUCAAAAAUACCAGUAGAUUUGCUGAACAAAGAACUGCCUGUGUUGGAAGCACUAAGCGAUCCAACAACACAGCCACCAAAAGCAAUUCCUUAUGCGCCUAGAUCAAAGGAUGUAACCUUGGUACCACCGAUGCCGCAAAGAUUCCAGCCAUAUCCUAAAAGUUUCAGUCAUCAAUCAAGCUAUUUGUUGCGACUCAGUUUUACAAAAGAAAGACUAACACAAAUACGUGUAGAUAACAGUAUAAUGUCUGAUCAGCGCGACGCAGCAUUAAAGCAACUAAAAUUCGAGGAGAGUUCAUUUAAAGCAUUAGAGAGUUUUCUUAUGAACUGGCAAAAGAAACACGAGUGUUUAUUAGAGCGUUUAUAAAGCGCACAGUACAGAAAUAGGUAUGCUUAAUAGAUUUGUUAUUUUUCAAUUAAGAAUUUGUAACCUAAUUUUGGUUGAAAACCGCUUAGAGUUUCGAUAUGAACUUCCGUUUUUGUCCCCCCUCCCCCCUUUUUGUGUUAUUCCAUAUUACAUGUUCGAUUUUUUAAGAAUUACGAGCCUAUCCAUUUUAAAAUUUAUCGGGCGCUUAGUCAUAGCUAAGUGGCAUCGCUGUUUCGUAUGUGCGAUGCGGCUGCCCCAAGGUGGACUUAUAAUAAAUAAUAAAUUCGCCUUGGGCUGCCCUUAACCUAACUUAGCCAUAGCUUUAUUUAAAUCGUUAAACAAGGAUUUCAGUUCUAUUAGUUCACUUCUUUGGUUGUUAAAGUAAUUCACGCACGUAACAGUAAUUCCGAGUAGGUAUUUAGAAAAUCAUCUCCUACUGGGCACCAAUAAACACAAAAAACAUAAUGAAAUAGUUUACAACUUUUUAUUUUUACAUAAUCAUGUAACCGUAAAUUUUUCGCUUUCGCAUUUUUUGUAUUAAAUCGAUUCGUGUUUACCAGUACAUUGAAAUACCUAAUUUAUUUUUUGCUCCUAUUAUUUUAGGCAAUAAGUAUAAUUACAAUUCAAUAAAUUCAGGCCCAUUCGCCCGCCGUACGCAAUUUAAGAAAAUGACGAUGUCAUUCUGAAUGAAUAACGUAUACGUUUUUUAAAUCAAGCUGUUUCCGCGGUAUCUGCUGUUUGAUAAGGCAAACUAGUGAAAGCACUUAAACUUAAUUGAACAUGAAUAUACUUAAGUUUUGUAGUUCGAAAUAAAGUAACUGUACAAACAGUU